AUGAUGAGGGCAUUCAGUUUCAGGCGUACACCUGCCUGUCCACUUGCUGUUAAUCGGAUUAUUCCUGUGCACCCCAGCCCAUUCACUACUUCAUUCCAAAGCAGGUCGGGAAACCUUAAACCUUGUUUGCCUUCCGCACCACGAGGCUUCCAGACUUUACCUGCUCUCAAAGAUAAAUGGAUCUCAUCGGAAAUUAUUGUCCACGAGUGCAAACAUCGCAAAAUAGAAAAAUGGGGCUGGGUUUUUUACCGCACCACGUAUAAGGAUGAUGAAGCCUGGGACAACUUCAAGCAAAGACUCAACUUUUCAGUGCGCUCAAUCAUCAGCUCUGACCCCCGUUCAGAAGUCAAUGAAGCUAUGUUCGAUAAACUUCAAUUUGUCUUUGUCGAAGAUAAAGCAAAGUUCGAUGGAGCUUCCAAGGAGGAGCUACGUUCCCACUUCCAAGAAUGGGUGACUAAGACCUUCUCCUCGGAGAAUCCAUGCGCUGAGAAGACGCUCAUUUAUGACGAUGAGCCUGUUCCAAGAUAUCGAUUCUUCUUCGAACUUGACGAGGAUGCAUUGCGUAGCUGUGGCGCCACAAGUUUGGGUCAUGCCAACUUUGUCGAUGGCUUCUGGGGGUCGUCAGGUCAACCCGGCUCUAGGAAUAUGAACUCUGCCUCAGAGGAGGAUUCCAAACAGCUGCAGGAUCAGAGGGAGGCCGUUGAAGGCUCUUCAGAUGCUGGCUGGAUGAGAAUGAACUUGGCGUUCUUAAUGGACCCCCAUUUCUACGCAGGCAUGAGUGGAUCGACGGAGGGUUUAUGGCGUUUCUUUUACGAGCGUCCACCUGCCUUAGUCCCGAAUACCAAGCUUAGUCGUCUGAUACAAUUUCAGAACAUGGCUCGAAGGACUCCUGCCUGA